AUGAUACCCGACGUCGUCGAGAGGACGGUUAACCUCUGGCAGGCAGCACAUGCAGUCAGUCACAUGAAGGAGGCUGGCUUCGCCGGUCCCAAUCUUGAAAUGUUAAAUCAACUUUCUGGUCUCUCUGCAACAGCAGUUCGGGCUCAAUUUGCCCAGCAUCCAACGCAAAAUCCUGCGUCCACUUGGGCUUCAGCGGCAACGGAUACCAUUCAGCAUCGGGACUCUAGCGCUAAAGCUCAGAUGAUGAGGGUGUUCUCGCCAAUUUGCAUUGAAAUGCAGUUCCACCGACUCGAGUUACCGUCUCCCCGUCUUCCGCACGCAUUCAAGGUUCACACAUACUCUCCAGUCAUUAUUUAUGCCGGUCGGAUGGUUCGUGAGACCAACUUUUACUCUCGACUUUCGCAUUUCUCUCGCCUCUUUGCCCAGCCAACCUACCAACUACGUCGUCUCGGCAGCCUGAAUCAUAGUCGGGGCCACAUUAUGCGGCAAAGAAAUGUCUUUUUGGCAGGUAUCAUUAUUAUCGCAGGGCUCACAUGUGGGUCCUGGUAA